ACUGCAGAUAUUGUGAUGAAAUUUAAAAAAGUUUUGAGAGCCAAAAGAAUAAAAAGAUGGAAUUUGGAAAAGCUAAAUGGAAAUACUGGAUUAAAUUUUAAAGAAAACCUGGAAUAUAAAUUAAAAGAACUUCCAUAUGACUUUGACUGUGAGUUUGACCCAAACGAAAAGUGGAAAAGAAUCAAAGAUACAAUAAAGAAAUUGGCUGAAAUUUUUCUUGGAUAUGUAAAUGGUGUUAGAAUAAAAAAACCUUGGGUUACUCAAGAAAUGAUUGAGAAAAUGGAUGAAAGAAGAAAUUGGAAAAAUAUAAAUAAUGAAAAAGGGAGAAUGAUGUACAAGAAGCUAAAUAAUGAAUUGAGGCGUGAAACUGGAAAAGCUAGAGAAGCUUGGUUAAGUAAGGAAUGUGAGGAAAUCGAAGAACUGAACAAAAAAGGCAGAUAUGAUCUAUCAUACAAAAAAGUCAAAGAACUAACAAAUGAUCGCACCCACCAAAUUCUGAGUAUUGAAGACAAAGAUGGAAAAGCACUUUUAACCCCAACUGAUAUAAUGGGCCAUUGGAAAGAAUAUAUUGGAGAUCUCUAUGGAGAGAACACCAAACCUAAAGAGUUAAAAUUGGAAAAAUCUUCUCAAAUAGCUAAUGAUGAAAGAGGACCUAUUAUCAUGAAAGAUGAAGUUGGAUUGGCAAUUAAAGAAUUGAAAAACAAAAAGUCAGAAGGAGUAGAUGGAAUACCAGCUGAAUUUCUAAAAGGGUUAGGCAAGGAAGGAAUCGAGAAAAUAACAGACUUAUGCAAUCUCAUAUAUAAAACAGGAGAAUGGCCUGAAGACUUUGCUCAAAGUAUUUUGAUACCUAUACCAAAGAAAGCAAAAGCUAAAAAGUGUAGUGAUUUUAGAACAAUUAGUUUAAUUUCACAUGCCUCAAAAAUCCUUCUUAAAAUCAUUAACAGAAGACUCUACAACAAGGCUGAAACAUUUCUAUGUGAAGAACAAUUUGGAUUCAGAAAAGGAACAAGGCCUCUUGAGAACAAUCUGUGAAAGAAACAUUGAGGUUAAUAAGGAUACAUACAUUUGCUUUAUUGACAUGGAAAAGGCUUUUGAUAUGGUUAACUGGACAAAGCUAUUGGAAAUCUUAAGAAAAAAAUAGGAAAAGAUUGGAGAGAUAGAAGACUCAUUGCUUCACUUUAUAUGAAUCAAUCUGCCAUUAUCUGAACAAAAACUGGAGAAAGCAAACCAUGCAGUAUUGGAAAAGGAGUCAUGCAAGGGUGUACACUUUCACCUACUCUUUUUAACAUUUAUCUUGAGGAAUUAAUGAAUGAAGCAAUAAGUGAGGACAGCCUCGGAAUUAAAAUUGGAGGCCAAUUAAUACAAAGUAUUAGGUUUGCAGAUGAUAUUGCUUUACUUGCACCAAAUGAACAAACUCUACAAUGUUUGGUAACAAAACUCAACAAAACUUGCAAAAAAUUUGGAAUGAAAAUUAACAUAGCUAAAACAAAAGUGAUGAAAGUUGGAAGGCUUAAUUAGCAAAGAUUUGAAAAUCCUAAUUGAUGGAAACAACAUAGAGCAAGUUCAACAUUUUAGGUAUCUUGGCAGCAUUAUUCAGAGAGAUGGCAGAUGUGAAAAAGAAAUCA